CGGGCGCACCGGGCGGCUCCGCUCCCUGUCCCUCUCCCGGUCCCAUUCCCAUCGCACUCCCGUCCCGGCCCCGUCCCGGCCCCGCUCCCGCCAUGGCGGCCCCGGGCUGGGCGCCCACCCACGCGCGGGUGACGGUGCUGCGGGCGCGGGGGCUGCGCUCCAAGGCGGCGGGCGGCGGCGGCAGCGACGCGUACGCGGUGAUGGCGCUGGGCCGCGACAAGUUCCGCACGUCGGUGGCCGAGCGGUGCCGGGGGGAGCCGCUGUGGCGGGAGGAGGCCACGUUCGAGCUGCCGCCGCGGCCCGCGCUCCGCCUCACCGUCCUGCACCGCGCCCUCACCGGCGCGGACAAGUUCCUGGGCCGGGCGGAGGUGGAUCUGGCGGCGCUGAGGGACGACGGAGGGCGGCGGCACACCAGGUGGUACAAGCUUCGCUCCAAACCGGGGAAGAAGGAAAAGGAGAGGGGGGAGAUCGAGGUGGACAUCCAGUUCAUGAGGAGCAGCAUGACAGCCAGCAUGUUUGACCUGUCCAUGAAGGACAAGCCUCGCUCUCCCUUUGGGAAGCUCAAAGACAAGCUCAAGGGCAAGAGGAGCAGUGGCCUCUCGGACACGGCGUCGGCGAUUGUUCCCAGCACGACCCACUCCCCUGCUGACAGCGAGGACGAGGCGGUCGAGAAGGAAAAGAAGAAAUCCAAGUUCAAAGCGCUGUUCUCCAAACCUGGGCUGCAGAAGACCCUGUCCCAGUCCAUGUCAGUGCUGCCCACGCAGCAGCCCGUCACCCAGAAGGUUCGGCUUCGGCCCAGCGACUUCCAGCCCCAGUGGGAUGAGGAGGAGCCUGAGACCUCUCCGACCUCAGAACGAGCCCUUGGAAAUGCCCUGGAAGAGAAGCCAGCUCCUUCUCCUCUGUUUAAAUCUCGCAAAACAGCCCUUUUGGACAGCAGGCAGCUAACCCAAGGAACCAGUAACCACACCAAGAAGGAAGGGCUCUCUUUGUUCAGUGGCCUGAAAUCCAAAAGCGAUCCCGUUUCCAAGUCUAGCCUGUGUAUCAACGGCAGUCACGUUUAUAUGGAAGAGACCACAACGAAGGACAACACUCCAGCCUCCUCUCCCUCUCCUCUCAACUUCAGGAGGAAGCAGCUCUUCGCUUCAGAGGAGAACCUGUCCUCCAGGUCCAGCAAACCACCUGAAGAGACGGGAAGAACCUCUCCUAGUCAGGCUUUCUCUGGGCCCACGUCCUUGGAGACCUUCAAAUCCAUGACUCUGCCAUCGUACAAACUGCUGAGCAGUGAGGAGCCCCUGGACACCAGCGUUCCCCCGAGCACCGAGGCUGUGAGGGAGCCCAAAAAACCAGACCACAAAAAGUCUGCCUUGCUCUCCCUGGUCACCGGGAAGAAAGAAGUGGGGAAGAUGGGAGAUGCUGAGAAUAUUCCCGACAGGACCCUGCAGAGUGAGGAGAACAAAAUUCCAGAAGAGAACAGUGAAGAGGAGGCCAAAUGUCUUGAACCCCCAGCAGAGCUGGGCAGAGGGGACCCAUCAGGAGACACUCAGAGCACAGAAGACACCUUUGCAAACAAACAGCCACUCGGCCCUGGUGAGGAGGAACGGAAACCCGAAAAAGCUGCUGCCCCAGCCAAGACCAAAGCUGUGAGGCCCACAGUGAAGCCCAGACUGGGCCUGUCUCCAGAGGAGGAACCCAAAGCCACGCUUCCUACUCUUGCACCUGACCCCCUCCCUGCUUUUCUUUCUGUGCACCAUAUCAGCAGUGCCAAUAAUCCUUUUGUUUCUAAAACGGGGCAGAAAGUCCAAGUGCCAGACUCUGAAAACAUCACUAGUUCUUCUGCCUCUCUCACUUCUCCUGCUUUUGCUGCAGAGCUUUGGAAUGACAAGAACCCCUUUAGUCCCGAGUGGGACAGGGCAUCCACAGCCCUGGAUCCCGACAGGAUUGCCCCUUUCCCUUCAUCCCAUCAUCUUCCAGCCUCUGUUCCCAAAGCACCUCUUCCUGGAUGGGUUUCUGCCAGGGGUAAUAAUCCCUUUGCUGCUGACUGGGGGCAGGGUCCUGAGAGCUCUGCUGUGGGGGCUCCCCAGAGUCUCUCUCUCCCUCCCACACCUUCCCUCCCCUCUGGUUGUCACUUCAAUGACAAUAAUCCCUUCGUGUCCAAGCGUGGGGGACAGGCAGGUUUCCAAACUGUCGCUGGUUCUUCCCCUUCCUGCCUCCCUCGUGGUGAGGACUGUUCCUCAGCAGGUCACCCUGGUCAUGGUGCUUCAGGGGGCUCUGCAGAUGUGGCUGUAACUAAAGAUGUCACAGCUGUGCCAGACCCUCUUGGCACCUUGUCUGAUCCCCCUUCUGACCCUCCUGGGCUGGCUCAGAAGCAGCACUGCGAUUCUCCCCAGCUUCACCCCGAGGAUUCCUUGGAAAGCUCUCAGCUGGGCGAUGGGAAAUCCGUGUCCGUUGUCCUGGGUGGAUCGCAGGGUGUUGCAGCAGGUGGUGGAGGUUUGGGUGGGCAGGAAGGUGGAGAGCAGUGCUCUGAUUCCACUGGAAGGUUGGGUCCAGGGGCAGCAGGGGGGCGGGCAGGGUUUGGUGAUGAGCUGGGAGCAGGGCACUGCCCAUCAGCAGAGCUCUGCAGUGACAGCACAGGUCCCCUUCAGAACAGUGAGCCCACCGUGUCCCCUCGGGAAGCAGAUGCAGAGAGGGAUGGCAGUGAGGUCCUUGUCCCACCAGAGCCAGCCCCACGGAGGGCUGUGGCACUGAGGAAGGGCCCAUUGGUUUCCCAGGCUGAGUUAAAGGGUGAUGCUCCUUCUUCAGGUGAUGGUGUAAAAUCCGUGCCUGGGCUCCUGUUACCUGCUGGUGAAGCCUCAGCUGCUCGUGGGUGCCUCCCCCAAAGUGGCUCCUCUGAGACUGUCCCUCCUCCAGUGACACCUGGAGGUGACAGGCCCUUAAGAAAUGAGGGUGACGAUGAUUUAUCUGCCGGUCUCACGAGUCUCAGGGCUGCCACUCCCGUUCCUGGAGACCGCGGCUCCAAAGUGGCCAGUUUGCCAGUGAUCCUGGAGGGAGGCUCCGAUGACGAGCUCCUGGGGGACUGCCAGGAGGGCCGUGGGCUCACUGCAGGUGAUGAAGGUGUUUCAGGGCCUGGAGAGCAGCCCCGAGGUCUGGCACCUUUGCAUGGAGAGCUCUCUGAGAGCUCGGCUGCAGCCCCCAUGACCCUGGCUGCUCCGGGAGGAGGAGGAGGUGUUCCUGGUGCUUGUAAGCCUGGCAGAUCACCCGUGCUGCCUGCUGGAAUGGGUGCUCCCAGGGUCAGUAUCCAGGGAGCUGACUCAGGCUUAGGUGUGACGUCUCAUUCCGGGGAGUGCAACAGUCAUUUUGAGAAACAGGAGCUGGAAACCAGUGCAGGUGUUGAGGAGCCUGCAGAGCGUGACCUCUCUGAGCCUUCUGCUUCCUCUUCCUCCCUCUCAAGUCCUUGCCACCCCUCCUCUUCCUCUCACUCCCUUCUGUCUGACACCCCAAGUCGUAGAGCAGAGUCUCCGAAAAAGCCAACAGCCGAGGGCUUCGCAGCUAAAGCGGGAAAUUCGGGCAAGAAGAAGCUUCUCCAGGCACGGGUUUCACCCUCUGAAACAUUCCCUAACCAAACCCUGCGGGGUGGUGAAACCGUGUCUCCCAAGCACAGACUCCAUCCUGUGAAGCCAAUGAAUGCCAUGGCAAACAAGUCUCAGAGUAAGAACCUGAAUGUCAUCAGCACCAUGAACGAAAAACUGCUGGAAAUGAGUGUGAAGAAAUACGAGCCCUCAGACCCUGCCUACGCCUAUGCCCAGCUGACACACGAUGAGCUGAUCCAGCUGGUGCUGAAGCAGAAGGACACGAUCACCAGGAAGGACGUCCAGGUGCGGGAGCUCGAGGACUACAUCGACAACCUGCUCGUCAGGGUCAUGGAGGAAACCCCCAACAUCCUCCGUGUUUCCAUGUCUGGGAACAGAAAAGCUGGGAAGAUGUGAAGGGUCUGGGCAUGCUGGAGAAGAAGGGCCGAGUUCCCACCGGAGGAGCGUGAGGAGCCGGUGUGGAGCUGGUGGUGCCGGUCGUGCCGCCCCUGGAAAAUGACCUUUUUCCUGUUUCUGCCUUGAGCAACUCUCGGGUUGAUUAGUAGUUCCAUCAGCUCUUGUAAUGGAGUCACCUUAUCAUAUUUAUUACUUGUUUUCUUCCCAUUAUCUGGGAAGAUCAGGCAUUAAUCCAAAGGCUGGUAGUGUUGGAAGGGAGGAUGGUUUUUGAUGUGUUUUGCUUCCCAGCAAGGCACUGAUGAUCCUUUAGGAAGAUUGGUUUUUUUAAUGGUUUUGUUUUGUAGCAUCUCUGAUAGAUCAGUUACUCUUCUUUCCAUAUCUGAAGUUGUAGUGCAAUAUGGAGCCUUGUACAGUAGAGCUUGAAGAUUUGAUUGUUUUUAAAAUAAUAAUUAACUACACUGGAGAAGUCCAAAGAUGUCCCAGCUUCAGACCUGGGCUGUAAUUUAAAAGGAACUAAUGCCCUGAAAGUUGAACCUUAGUUGAAAGAUUAGAAAGGAAGAAGCAAAUCUCAGUUCAAGUGGAUGUUGUUCCAGAGAGUUCUCCAAGGGGAGUUUUGCAGGUUUUUUGGUGUAGGAGACGUUGAUGUUCACGGUACAUCUCUACCAUAGGAAUGGCAGCAAUGGAUUUGGACCAAAGGUACCUUGCUGCUCAGAGGGGGAGGAAUCCUGUGGAGCUGAGGGGUGGUGGUUUUGCUGGACAAUCAGUGGAGACACUGCUGUUCUCCUCCCCACCCCACAGCAGGAGCAGCUCAGUGCUGCUGAGCAGCCACCACAACCUCUUCCUCCUCCUCCUCCUCUGAAAACUAAAUGUGACUUUUUUUUUUUUUUUUAAGCGAGCUCUUGUCAAAGAUCAAAAAAAGAAAAGAAAGAUCAGAUGCCUCUUUGCACCUCUGGGAUUUACCAGGGCUGGGAGAGUCCCUAAAGGGCUUAGAAGGAAGUUGGAAUACAGAGUGGGGAGCAGAGGACCAAAGCUUCAUGAGGACCAAAGCUUAAAACUUUCCAACCUUAAUUUUGUAGAAGUAAACACUCCCACCUUUGGAAGUUGUUGGGUUAUUUGCUCUCACCCCUGGCUCGGGGGUGAGUUUCUAACUCACUUUUUCUACAGCAAAGCACUUUAUUGAGGGACUGGACCAGCUGGCUGGACUCUCACCCUGUGAGCAGUCUGCCUACAAUUGUCAGAAACCACUGGAAACCACUGGAGAUCUCAAAUACUGUAUUUUUGUAGCAAAGAGCAGUUUAAUAUAUUUGCCUGGAGAUGUAAACAUUUAUUAGGAAAAUCAAAAAAUGCUGUUAAUGACUUUUUUAUUCCUCUAAACUGACCUACUACCAAAGUCUGGAGCUUCUCUGGCAGAGCUGCCCCUUAGGGGGAGCUCGACCUGAAACAAGCCUUAAGUUCAAGAGUCUUCCAAGACUUCAGGUACUUCUUUUUCCUCAUUUUAGUGUUAUUUGAGCAGUGUCUGCAGCGAGGGGGGUUCUCUCUGUUCUCUGGUACCCUCUGCUGUGAAUGAAGGGUCCCAAAUGCAGGCGGGGGUGGUUUAAUCCUGAGUGGUGCUGGUUGGCCUUGCUGAAACUGCUGCUGCUUCUUGUGCCUUCUCGAGGGAGGAAGAUGAAGGAUUGAUUUGUUUCCUCCUUGUGCCUCGGUGGAUCUCUGGAAAAGAGGAUCCUGUACCUCACUGACAGAUUUGGAUUUUAGACUUUUAUUCCUCAGCUUUUCUGAUCUGGGUCACAAAGGAGAGCUGUUUGUGCCUUGGACCUUGUUUUUACUGACAACACUUCUUAAAAGCUUCCUUUGGUGUGCGGGGACUGGCAUUUUAUUUCCUUUAAGGGCCUUAAGAAUCAAAUAUAUUGUUUUAUUAUUAUUGAAGGAUCUGAAUGUAUUUCCCCCCCUCCCUGUUUGUACUCUCUGCUUUUUAGCCCAGGUACUGUUUUGUUUUUAAACACCUUUUUGGUUUUCAUGGAACACUAAAAAUAAAAAACACCUUAAACCCAC